AUGACGAGUUUUCGAAAAAUUUAUCGAGAAAUUGAUGCACAAGACAAGGCUGCUUCGCACUUCAUCGAUGCUGUACUGUUGACCGCCCGGCAGGCACGAGAUCUAGAAAUCACAAGACAGUUGGAGACUAAGACGUGGGUGUUCUCUGUAACUUCUUCUAGUCGCUAUCACAUUUCUCCAAUAAUCAUUCUAGAAUUCUGGACAAGUUUCAAAGCAUUACCACAGAGUUCAAGAGAUUAUCUUAUCGCGAAACUCCCUGCACUCAAAUCCCUUGUCUCGUCUUUCACUGAGAAGCCGCCCUAUGGAUUGGAAACAUCUUCUCCAACUUCAGUGACGAGAAGCUCUCCCACGUCUUCUACAAUGGUUACAGCGAUAACAUCGCCACGUUUAUCGGAAUUGGAAGCAAAGAAGUUAUUGGAGAGUGCUAUUGGAGAUCUGGAGAAAUCCAGCAAACAAUCCUCCUCUGCAUUCUCAUACCGAUUCCAGCCGAUAAUAGCUGCUCUUAGAAAUAUCGGAAACAAUCCCUUAUCGUCGAGCCUCGGGGACUUCAAAAAGGUUUUCGAACAGUACAGGAAGUCGGCCCAGCGUUUAUUACAUUGGUGCAAUAAGCUACACACCCCGGAUUGUGAAGCCGUGAGUUUGUCGUGGUCGUCGACGCUUCGACAAAUUUUGAAAGCUGCGGUAGCAGCUGACCCGACAAAUUCGCGUAUCGUCGCAGAAAAAGUAAACAAGGAAAACAUUCGAGAAUUCAGCACAUUUCAGUCUGGCGCUGCGGAAGCCACA